GGGAGGGUGGCGGCCGCCGGGGCGCGCGGGCCGUGUGUGCGCGCUCUGCCGCUCCGGGAGAAAGAUGGCCCGGGAGGGAAAGUUGGGGUGACGCGUGCUGUCCCCGGACGCUUGCCAGGGGGCACGGAGGAAGGCAAGCCCGACAGAGCGGUGGCCACCCAGGCUGGGGGGCGCGCAGUCUGGGCGACGCCACCGUCACCGCGCCCGCCCCCUCACUGCAGGUGGCCGCGGGGAGCUCCGAGUCUGGGUGGCCCGGGGGCGCGGGCGGGCGCGCGCUGGGGAUCCCGGCUGAGGGAUGGGCUGCGCCCCCAGCAUCCAUGUCUCACAGAGCGGCGUGAUCUACUGCCGGGACUCAGAUGAGUCCAACUCGCCCCGCCAGACCAGCAGCCUGUCGCAGGGCCCCACGGCGCCCCUGCACGGCCUCUUCGUGCAGACCGACGCCGCCGACGCCAUGCCCCCGAGCCGCGCGGCGGGACCCCCGGGCGCUGUCCGAGUCCGCAGGUCCCGGGCAGAACUGGGCAGUGGCAGCAGCACGGGGUCCUCGGGCCCCGCCGUGACCACCUGCCGGGGCCGGAGGCGCCACUGCUGCAGCAGCGCUGAGGCCGAGACCCAGACCAGCUACACCAGCGUCAAGCAGGUGUCUUCUGCGGAGGUGCGCAUUGGGCCCAUGAGACUGACGCAGGACCCUAUCCAGGUUUUGCUAAUUUUUGCAAAGGAGGAUAGUCAGAGCGACGGCUUCUGGUGGGCCUGUGACAGGGCUGGCUACAGAUGCAACAUUGCUCGCACUCCAGAGUCGGCCCUUGAGUGCUUCCUGGACAAGCAUCAUGAGAUCAUUGUGAUCGAUCACAGGCAAACCCGGAACUUUGAUGCAGAAGCGGUGUGCAGGUCAAUCCGGGCCACCAACCCCUCUGAGCACACCGUGAUCCUGGCUGUGGUUUCACAAGCAUCUGGUGACCAUGAAGAGGCCUCAGUUCUUCCUCUCCUCCAUGCCGGCUUCAACCGGAGAUUUAUGGAGAAUAGCAGCAUAAUUGCUUGCUAUAAUGAACUGAUUCAAAUAGAACAUGGGGAAGUUCGUUCACAGUUCAAAUUACGGGCCUGUAAUUCAGUGUUUACAGCGUUAGACCACUGUCAUGAAGCCAUAGAAAUAACAAGUGAUGAUCAUGUGAUUCAGUAUGUCAACCCUGCCUUUGAGAGGAUGAUGGGCUACCACAAAGGGGAGCUCCUGGGCAAAGAACUCGCUGACCUACCUAAGAGUGACAAGAACCGGGCAGACCUCCUGGACACCAUCAAUACGUGCAUCAAGAAGGGAAAGGAGUGGCAGGGGGUUUACUAUGCCAGACGGAAAUCCGGGGACAGCAUCCAACAGCACGUGAAGAUCACCCCAGUGAUUGGCCAAGGAGGGAAAAUUAGGCACUUUGUCUCCCUCAAGAAGCUGUGCUGUACCACUGACAAUAACAAGCAGAUUCACAGGAUUCAUCGUGAUUCCGGGGAUAACUCUCAAACAGAGCCUCAUUCAUUCAGACACAAGAGCAGGAGGAAAGAGUCCAUUGAUGUGAAAUCAAUAUCUUCCCGAGGCAGUGAUGCUCCAAGCCUACAGAAUCGCCGCUACCCCUCCAUGGCGAGGAUUCACUCCAUGACCAUAGAGGCCCCCAUCACAAAGGUUAUAAAUAUAAUCAAUGCGGCUCAAGAAAACAGCCCGGUUACAGUAGCAGAAGCCUUGGAUAGAGUUCUAGAAAUUUUACGUACCACAGAACUGUACUCCCCUCAGCUGGGAACCAAAGAUGAAGACCCUCACACCAGUGAUCUUGUCGGAGGCCUGAUGACUGAUGGCUUGAGAAGACUGUCUGGGAAUGAGUAUGUGUUCACAAAGAAUGUGCACCAGAGUCACAGUCACCUUGCCAUGCCCAUCACCAUCAACGAUGUCCCCCCUAGUAUCGCCCAGUUACUUGAUAAUGAGGAAAGCUGGGACUUCAAUAUCUUUGAAUUGGAAGCCGUUACACAUAAAAGGCCAUUGGUGUACCUGGGCUUAAAGGUCUUCUCUCGGUUUGGAGUAUGUGAAUUUUUAAACUGUACUGAAACCACUCUUCGGGCCUGGCUGCAAGUGAUUGAAGCCAACUACCACUCCUCCAACGCCUACCACAAUUCCACCCAUGCCGCCGAUGUCCUCCACGCCACAGCUUUCUUCCUCGGAAAGGAAAGAGUGAAGGGAAGCCUUGACCAGCUGGAUGAGGUGGCUGCUCUCAUUGCUGCGACGGUUCACGAUGUAGACCACCCUGGAAGAACCAACUCCUUCCUGUGCAACGCAGGCAGCGACCUCGCCGUGCUUUACAAUGACACCGCAGUCCUGGAGAGUCACCACACGGCCCUGGCCUUCCAGCUCACCGUCAAGGACACCAAGUGCAACAUUUUCAAGAAUAUUGACAGGAACCAUUACCGAACGCUACGCCAGGCUAUUAUCGACAUGGUUUUGGCUACGGAGAUGACGAAACACUUUGAACAUGUGAACAAAUUUGUGAACAGCAUCAACAAGCCACUGGCAGCUGAGAGCGAGGGCAGCGACUGUGAGUGCAACCCGACUGGGAAGAACUUCCCCGAGAACCAGAUCCUGAUCAAGCGCAUGAUGAUCAAGUGUGCUGACGUGGCCAACCCGUGCCGCCCCUUGGACCUGUGCAUCGAGUGGGCUGGGAGGAUCUCUGAGGAGUAUUUUGCACAGACCGAUGAGGAGAAGAGGCAGGGGCUACCUGUAGUGAUGCCAGUGUUCGACCGCAAUACCUGCAGCAUCCCCAAGUCCCAGAUCUCCUUCAUCGACUACUUCAUAACAGACAUGUUCGAUGCUUGGGAUGCCUUUGCACACCUGCCAGCCCUGAUGCAGCACUUGGCAGAUAACUACAAACACUGGAAGACACUGGAUGACCUCAAGUGCAAAAGUCUGAGACUUCCAUCUGACAGCUAAAGCCAGGCCGGAGAAGGGGCCUCUUGAUCUACGACGGACACUGUGAACCGCAGAGUCGUGUGAACAAGAGGCUUUUCUGUAUGAUGAGAACAGGUGUAGAUUAAGGAGCUAGUGUUUAAUAGCUGAUCUGAGUCAUGCACGCCCCCAAAUUUCAUUUUUCAGAAAGUUAUAUUCCAUCAGUAAAAAUAUGUUCUUUUAAAUCACUUAGUGACAAAACGAACCGCUUGGCAGUCUCCUCUGCCACGCUGUGCGUGCCCUUCCAAAACCAUGGAGCUGACUCUCUGUAGUUACACGCAGGACACAGAAGCAGAGAACCUGGCGUCUGUGAGUCCACCCUGAGGGAGACCAUGCCGCUUGGCCAGUGUCCGCCGGAACACUCACUACUGAGAUUUAGCUGCACUACUUUCCUCGACGGCAGGAGUAUGAAGGCUUCCUAAAAAGCUUCUCUGAGCAGAUAUAUGUAAGAAAAGAAGCUACUCUAAGAUGCGCAGAAUGAGGAUGAGAUUAUCGCUAGUUAGCAUCACGGCUCCCAGACGACAUGGCAGGUAGAGUGACCGCAUGUGAAAACAGCCUUAGCCUGGUGAGUGUCCCUCCGAUGGGCGUCAGCCGCUUGCGGAGCCCUCGUUCCUGGAAGGGACUCACCUUCUAGGAGGCCAACUGAUGGGGAAGGAGCAGGAGCUUGCCUGAGUGUCCCCGGCUUCAGGCUCACGGACACACGUCAAGAGUAUCUAUAAAAGCUUGCCUGAGUGUCCCCGGCUUCAGGCUCACGGACACACGUCAAGAGUAUCUAUAAAAGCCAUUAAAUACAAAUGCUCGUGAGCAAGCUUUAAAAAAAAAAACUUAAGAGAAGAAAAAUUUAUAUAUAUAUAUUUGUUGUUCAAAGAUUUUUAUUAAAAUAAUCUAAACACCCUGGAUCUUCGCCCCUAGAAUUUUCUGGGCAUUACCUGUACAUCUGAAUUUGGGGAGGAAAUGGGAAAGUUUCAAGGUUCAGAUAUUCUUAAUUUAUAUUUGAGAUCAUGCCAUUUGCUUUACUGAUGUAAAAAGGGAUUGCGGGAAAUGUAAAUAUAUCGGAAGACAGGCGUCCGGAGAGGCAGUAAACACUAUUUUAAGCUAUUAAUUGUAUGUAAGGCUGAAAGCACAAGUGCAUAUUUUUAUACGACUUUUCACAACCUUCUGUGCUCGGCAUAAAGUCAGACUCGAGAUUUUUCCUUUCUCUUUUUAUCAGCAAUCUCUUCUCUGUGUAUUACGAAUAUCAGAAACUAAGUAAACGAAAUACCUUAGUUUUAUUUUAUCUGUACCCCAUGAUGCAUUUUUAAGAGGCAUAGAAACCGAACUGGUUGAAUCAGUAGCUACAUUUUUCCCAAAUGAAAAUUGGACUGCAGGCUAUGUAAAAACUCGGUUCAUGGAGAAGAAAGAGAUAACUUAUCACUAUGUAAUGUGCCAAUGUUUUUUUCUAUGUUUUUGUACCAAAGUGUAAACAUAUAUGACAAUUCCAUGCACAGAAAAGCAUCUAAAUUAUUUUUGCUAGACGGCAGGAGGCCUUGAUUCACCGGCGGGGACAGAGCUGGCUUUGUAUUGUAUUGCCGCAUUGUGUACAUGUGAGGAAGUGUUUUUGUCAAGUUCUUGUAACUAAAUUCUUAUGGUCAUUUUUCAUUCCCAACAGCUGUUUUUAUUUUAUCUCUUUGGCCUAAACUUUUCAUAAUUUCAAAUUUGGGGUCCUAGUGUCUUUUAUUUCCCGAGUCGUCAGUCUGUUUCCAGAAUACUGAGGUCAGAGCACAGGAUCUCCUUGGGCUUCGGAAGCUGGCUGGAGCAAGGACAGUCUUUCUCUGAGGAGCCUGCUUUCAGUUCCACUCGGCAGGGAACAUUGGCCAGGCACCUGGCAUCUAUAUGCAACAUGACAGCUUGCUCAGUGAUAUGCCGUAUCAACUUCAUGCUAACCUCAAAUGCUAGGAACAUGUGGAUGUUAAGUGCCCUGAGAUAUCGAGGUGCUAGAGUUUCAGUGUGAUCUCCUCACUACCAGUGUAAAUUACAGCCGUCUUCUGAGUUGCUAAGAGGCACAUUCUUCCAAUUUACUAGCAUCAUGGACUUGCAGGUAAUGUUCCUGCAUCUCAGAUACGUAUCGAUGUGACACAGACAAACCACUGUCAGUGUCUCUCACUCGUGUUUACUGUGACGCCAUGUGUGGUGAGGACAUACAUUAACACAGGAAAACAUAAAGGUAAGGAAAGGCGUGUUAAUACUAUUAUUAAUUACUCUGCCGAAGAGGGAAGUUGGUUGUAAAAUACUCUUACAUGAACCAGAAUGGUAACUGUUUCAGCCACUCCUCAGUUAGGGGUGGCUACCCUCCCCCGCAAAGAAAGAUGGUAUCAGUAAGUACACUUGGCAUCCAUCCAGCCUGUGAGCAACAGACAAGCCUGUGCUGCACAGAUGCGCCUAGAGACCCAGCUCGAAGUAUUUUAAGGGCGAGCAACAAGGCACACUGUACACACUGAUCUGGUACAGACAGCUAGGGACUGAAGUACAGGAAACACGCACAUAAUAUAUACUGGCCUUAGCUCUAAUUUUCUUCCUCUAAAUUGCAAGUUCAAGUCCUAGGAAUGGUCUACAUGUAACUACCGAAGAGCAAAGGUGCUGACCCUUGCCAUGGUCACCCUAUAAUGCUCGUCUCCCUGACCUCGGGACACUCACACCAGGUCUCCCCUAGGCUGGAGAACACUCUAUUUGACCAGUUUCUCAGUGGUGGGAAACUGGACAAAUGGAAUGGAACAACAGCAAUGCUUGAUUCCAAUCCUGUCUGCUCUUAAAACUCAAGCAUGGCUGGGAGUAGUGGUGCACGCCUUUAAUCCCAGCACUCGGGAGGCAGAGCAGGAGGAUCUCUGUGAGUUCGAGGCCAGCUAGUUCCAGGACAGCCAGGGCUACACAGUGAAA